CAGCUCUCAGGACCCAUGCGACCCGGGUGUGAAAGGGUCAGAAAGGUGUUUUGGCAAUGUUGGUCUUCAGCGCUCUGUGGUUCUCUCCUGUGUGUCACAUUUCAGCGUGCAGCUUUGAGAACUGUCACCAACACCGUCCUGAACAGCUCUAUGGCAUUCCAAACAGGGGCAGGACUGGAGAAGUAUGAACAGGAAGGUGAGAGAGAGCCCCAACCCUGGCAGGACGUAGCACCACGGAAGGAUUUUCCUGGGACGUGGCUGUGGGAGCUGGUCCCUGUGGGGGAGGAGGGCUCCGCGGAGGUGCCAGUGACAGUGCCCGAUGCCAUCACGGAGUGGACAGCUGGGAUGUUCUGCACGGCACCCAUGGGCUUGGGGCUGUCCCCUACCAUCACCCUCUUGACCUUCAAGCCCUUCUUCGUGGAGCUGGCGCUGCCCUAUGCUGUGACCCAGGGCAAAGCCUUCACCCUGGCCGCCACCGUCUUCAACUACCUGCGGCAGUCCCUGCGGGUUCGGGUGACGCUGGUGGAGUCAGCGGAGCUGGAGGUGUCAGUGAGUGCAGAUGGUGUGGAGGGCAGCUGCAUCUCGGGGUUCAACGCCAGGACCUUCUGGUGGGACGUGAAGGCCACCAACCUGGGGAAGGUGAACGUCACCGUCACCGCCCAGGCGCUGCGCUCCGAGGAGCUCUGCAACACCGAGGUGCCCGUGGUGCCGACGCAGGGGCAGGUGGACACCGUGACGAAAGUGCUGGGGGUGGAGGUGAACGCAGAGGCUUUAAAGCACAGAAGACCGAUGUGAAUGGAAAUUACAGAUGCCUGGCUCUUGUUCUGCUUCUGACCCCAUCGUACCCUCCAGGCAGCUGAGGUCUUGAGCCUCUUCCCACCCCUGCUUCAUCCCCUUCACCUGAGUCUGAAGCACUGUGCUUCAGACGAGGACUCCACGACCCACCAGUGUCCCCCUCCCUCUCCAGCAGCUCUGCUGUCCCCCGUGCUGCAGGGGCUGGUGGGGACCCUCUGCUGUGCUGUCCACUGGGGAGGCAUGGUUUUCCACGAGCAGAUGCUGGCAGAUCCCUUGGAGAAGGGAUCUGCCAGAGUGAGCAGGGGCAGUGGCUGGGCAGGGAGAGGAUGUGCCCCGGGCACAGCCUUGCCUCUGCUCCACCAGCCUGGAAAACAAAACAAAACAAACAAACAAAACAACCAACCAACCAAAAAAACAAAACAAAACAAAACAAACAAACAAACAAACAAACAAAAACAAGAAAGAAAAUAGAAGCACCAAAAUGUCUUUGCAAGAAAGCUCAUUUUCUUCAGGCUCUUUCCCAGCAUGCCUAGCCAGAGCCAGCUUCAUAUCUUAAGUACUGGCCCUUCGCAAAGAUGUCUCAACGACACUGUCUUCAUUAAUGAUGUGUAAAAGGGGCUGUAGCUUUAUUUGCAUCCAAUCUUCACUUUGUUUUGACAAAUAAAAAGCUGAAAUGAAAAC